UCUCCGGCGGAGGCGGGACUUCCGGUUAGUCGUAUAACCCAACAGAGGCCUCCUCCCCAUGCGGUUUUGAUCUGUAGGUGGACGCGCAGCUAACACCGUAAAGACCGACACAAUGGCAGAGAACGACGUUGAGAACGAGCUGCUCGACUACGAAGAGGAUGAGGAGCCCCAGGGAGCCCCUGAGAGCGCAGCGCCCGCAGGGAAGAAGGAGGUGAAGGGGUCCUACGUUUCCAUCCACAGCUCUGGUUUUAGAGACUUUCUGCUCAAGCCAGAGCUGCUUCGCGCUAUCAUCGACUGUGGUUUUGAGCAUCCAUCUGAAGUCCAGCAUGAAUGCAUCCCACAAGCUAUCCUGGGCAUGGACAUCUUGUGCCAAGCCAAGUCUGGAAUGGGCAAGACAGCUGUGUUUGUGUUGGCCACACUGCAGCAGAUUGAACCUGUUGAUGGGCAGGUGUCUGUAUUAGUCAUGUGCCACACGCGAGAGCUGGCCUUCCAGAUCAGUAAAGAGUAUGAGCGUUUCUCCAAGUACAUGCCCACGGUAAAGGCUGCAGUAUUCUUUGGCGGCAUGGCCAUCAAGAAGGACGAGGACGUCUUGAAGAAGAACUGCCCUCACAUCGUGGUCGGAACGCCGGGCCGCAUCCUCGCUCUCACCCGGAGCAAGGCCCUCACCCUGAAGAACGUCAAGCACUUUGUUCUGGAUGAGUGCGACAAAAUGUUGGAGCAGCUAGACAUGAGGCGUGACGUACAGGACAUCUUCAAGAUCACACCCCACGAGAAGCAGGUCAUGAUGUUCAGCGCCACACUGAGCAAGGAGAUCCGACCGGUCUGCCGCAAAUUCAUGCAGGAUCCCAUGGAGGUAUUUGUGGACGACGAGACCAAACUGACACUCCACGGCCUGCAACAGUACUACUGCAAGCUGAAGGACAGCGAGAAGAACCGCAAGCUCUUCGACCUCCUCGACGUGUUGGAGUUCAACCAGGUGGUGAUCUUCGUCAAGUCAGUGCAGCGCUGCAUCGCUCUGGCUCAGCUCCUGGUGGAACAGAAUUUCCCUGCCAUCGCCAUCCACAGGGGAAUGGCUCAGGAGGAGAGGCUGUCUCGCUAUCAGCAAUUCAAGGACUUCCAGAGGCGGAUCCUGGUGGCUACAAACCUCUUUGGCCGUGGGAUGGACAUCGAGCGAGUCAAUAUCGUCUUCAACUACGACAUGCCAGAAGAUUCUGACACCUAUUUGCACAGGGUCGCCCGUGCUGGUAGGUUUGGGACCAAAGGCUUGGCUAUAACCUUUGUGUCAGACGAGACAGACGCCAAGACUCUGAACGACGUGCAGGACCGCUUCGAGGUUAACGUGGCCGAGCUGCCAGAUGAGAUUGAGAUCUCCUCUUACAUCGAGCAGUCCAGAUGAGUCCUCCGGCCGAGCAGCAGCCUCCUCUUCAUGGAUCUCGUGUCUUGUAUUUGGACGUAGACGUAUUUCACUGUUGGUUUGAAAGCUCUGCUCGUUCCCUGUGUUCACCAAACAUUUAUUUUUAUUGUCAGUUUUUUGGGGGCGGGGGGUAUGGUUGAUUUUAAUUUGUCUUUUACUGUCUUUCUUUUUUUUUGCUUAAUGAAAUUAAAACUUUUUAUAAAAUGCCAUUUUUACUGUUGUGGUCUCUUGAGAGGCUCAUCAUGUCUCUACUCCAUUCGCAUUAAUGUCAAUCUCCAGCAGAGCUUCAGGGAAACGUAUAGGAAAAGUAGUUCUGAGGAACAUGUUCAAGUGAUUUUUAGCCCUUUUUUAAUGUUCGGACUAGUUUGUAUAGGAAGAUUUGUGUCUCUUGUUUUUCCCCCCACUGUAACAGAUGAUCUUUAAAAAGUCAUGUAGUGACAGUUCAGUACAUUUUGGCUCACAUGGCAGCUCUUUCUUUGAUUUUCCAAUUGAAUGCCUCCAAUAAAUGAAGUCACCAAGUGGAGUCCUGGUGGUGAAUGUGCCAGUUUUUAUGUUAAGUGUCAUGAGCACACUAGAUAAUGAAAUUACUGAUGCUUAGUGUGUCUGCUAAUGUCAUUUUGGAGUUUUGGAAACUAUUUCACACAUCACAAAAUGUCAUAAAUGGUACUGGACUUUGUGUUUAGUGCUAAUUAGCAAAUGGAAGCACAGUGACAUGGUGUUGCAGAUAAAAACAUGGUGUCUGCAGGCCAUUAAAAUGUAUGAAGUUCAAUUUUUAAAAUAAAAUUAUAGGCCUUUAAAGUCAUUAAAUAGGCUUAAAUUUUAAUUUGUGAGGUUAAAGUCAAACAUUUGAUCAAAUUUCACCUAUCAAUCAUUUACUUUCCAUUAAAAUUAGUCAAACUGCCUGAAUGUCCACAUUUCUCAUGCUAA